AUGAAGUAUAAUUCUCGUCCCACGAUCGACGCGCGCAGAACAUUACAUCCGUCCCGCACAGUCCAAGGCCGAGCACACAUACCGACUGGGGAAGCAUCCGCCCGUGAUCGACCCAUUCCAGUCCCACGACUAUGUGCCUCACACGACAACCUGGUCCGAACCGGGAAGCAUCAUUCCGCGUUCAACCCACUCACUUACCACGAUCCAUGUACCACGCAUGAUCGUACCGUCCGACAAGGAAGGCAUCAUUCCGCGUCCGGCCCGAACAUUCAACCAAAUCUAUCCACCCGGCCGAACCCGACGAACGAACGUGAAAUCUCUCAGCCACGAUCGUACCGAUGGUCAAUCACAACCCGACUCCCGGCCGAACAUCCCGACCGAACGAUCUGGUCGACCCGUAUCUGA